ACCAUAGACUCUACUUACCAAAAUUAACUUAUUCGAGUAGAUUCGGCUCGAACCGCCUUGUAGAUACCUAUAAACGCAUUCGUAAUCGUUGCAAACGUCAAGUAGGAGUUCCGUGAAUCACAAAUGGAUUCGAGUAUCUACGAAACUGACGAAACCGUCGUGACUCACGCGUCGCGACGUGACGAGGACGUUUUGCGAGUGGUCGUCACCGACGGGAGCAGUGACAUAGCACUGUCCUUCCUUUACAGGAUUCUUUCCGAUGAAGUAUUCGGUCCGGAUCAAUCGAUCUUCGUAAGCGUGUACGAGUUCCCGGAGAAAGCGGUGUUUCUGGAGAGCGUAGCCAUCGAGCUCACGUUCUUCAGCCCCAAUCUUCUGCACGAUAUAACGUACGGUCACGAUGCGUCUGUCGCAUUCAAAGACGCAGACAUUGUGUUCUGCAUCGGCUCAGCGAGGGAGUACGCGUUCAGCGAGCAAGAACACACGGAUUUAUUCUACAAGGAAUACAUUUACGCUGCUAGGGAUUAUGGUGAAUUCAUCGAGAAAUAUGCGAAAAGGGACGCAAGGAUCAUAGUGCUUGGGAACACAGCUGCUACCGUCAUAUCUCGCUACGCAAGGUCGAUUCCACGAAAGAAUAUAACCGCACUGUCGUUCUUCAACAUGCAAAUGGCUGUUGCACACAUCGCAGCUCAAGCAGAUUGCCAUCCCACAGAAGUGAAGAACGUCAUAGUGUGGGGCAACAACAACAGGUAUUGCUUUCUGGAUUGCAGGUAUAUGUACCUGGCGAACGGAAAAGAGGUAACCGACGACUUGAAGGUGUGGCUGAGGAACGACCUCCCAUCGAUCAUGCAGAACACCCUGCGUAGACCUAUGUACUUGAGGUCCAUGGCGUACGCGUUGGCGGAACACGUGAAAAUCCUGUGGAACGGCACUCCAAAGGAUCAAUGGAUCUGUAUGGGGGUGCUAUCCGAUCAUUCGUAUGGCAUCUCAGCCGGAACGUUCUUCUGUUACCCUGUUUAUUGUAAAAAUAAAGAGUACGAAAUCGUGCAGGGUCUCGUAGAUGAUGAGUACAUCAGCAGGUACAUCUUGGACAUCUGCAGGCUGACGAUAAGGGAUGUUGAAAUCGCUUUGGAACUGUGUGGUUUGGAUAAUUGAGCUUCUCUGAACCUAAUCUCAACUUUCUAUCUAUUGGAAAUUUCGCGAUUUUGGUUGAAUUUUUAAGUAACACUCCGUUCAGUCUGUCUUUCUUUCUGUGGAUCGAGCAGCAAUUCUUGUUUUAAACAUUCGAAAGUAAUGAAUUGCGAUGCCAACGCUAUUUCUGCACGUUUUAUUGCCUCAUUAGAAGACAAACAUUUAUUUACAAGUGUCCUGCGCGACAUACAGUUUAGGAAUUCAUCAGGGAAGGGGCGUGUAGCGAGUUAAUGGAGCCAUUUAUUUGUGCAUCGUUAACAUGGCACUGUUGUUAAGCGAACGAGCGCUCGUCGACGAAAGGCCGAUGAU